AUGCAAUAUGUGCGCGGCCUCAGCGAGUCCGUCUCGACUGCCUGGAAUUCAAUCAACCCUGCGACUCUCAGUGGUGCUAUUGAUGUCAUUGUCGUCGAGCACGAGGAUGGCACUCUGGUCUGCUCGCCGUUCCAUGUCCGAUUCGGAAAGUUCUCUCUCCUAAGGCCGUCUGACAAGAAGGUCGAAUUCAAGGUCAAUGGCGUCAAGCAAAGUUAUUCCAUGAAACUCGGCGAAGGCGGCGAGGCCUUCUUCGUCUUUGAGACCACAGACAGGAUCCCACAGUCGCUGCAGACAUCGCCCCUCGUUUCUCCCGCUUCCAGUCCUGCGAGCAGUCCACCCCUCAACCCGGAACAGUCAGAAUCUGGUUUGCAGGAGCCGGAAGCGUUCGAGCUUGACGCUUCAGAGUCCAAACUGCGACGCCCGCUCCCGUCCGUGCUCUAUAAGAAAGACGAUGGCUUGAUCACACCCCUUUCGACUUCUCCAGAGUUAUCCAACGCCCGCCCGGCAUCUGGCGACUGGUCUUCAAGGGUGCCUCGACCACAUAGUGACGAUAUUCUCCGUGCCAGUGCUAGAAGCCGAGGUCUAGACGGAAACAGUUCCGCCGACGAUGAUGAGCAUGUUGCUUCUGAACGAUCCUCCAGUCCUCCGCCUCUGGCACCGGGCGAGGCUCUCGAACGUGCCAGGGCCUUGUCUAAAGGACUCUCCGCCGCAAGCAUACCUACAAAGGUCACUGACAGCGGUGAUUUGAUGCUAGACAUGAAUGGGUUCAAGGGAAACGAGGAGGACAUUCUUCGGGCUGAGAUUUUGGCUCGACAGAUUCUUUCCGAAGAGUUGGAUGGAAACUAUGACAUCGGCGCACUCAUUGGGUUCGACGAGCAGGGAAACCUAUGGAUCUAUAGCAGUGAAGAGGCCAAACAGGCUGCUAUGAACAAGACUAUCGAGGCGUCUUUGCAGUCGCACCGCAGGGCUACUGCAGCCGAUGCUAUUUCUGAUCCCGGUUAUCAGAGCGACAGUAGCGAUGCAACUGCUUCUCCCACUCCAUUGCAUCGAAGAGCCGAGUCCGACGCUGGCCCUAUGGAUUUGCAAACUCCUCCCCGCACCCCGCCGAGCUCAUCGGGGCAUGCAGGAGAUCCCAACAGGAAUUACGCCAAGACCUUGCGAUUGACUAGUCAGCAGCUCAAGGAUCUGAAGCUUCAGCCAGGUGCGAACUCGAUGGCUUUUACUGUCAAUCGAGCUACCUGCAAAGCAAACAUGUACCUUUGGAGGCAUGAGACGCCUGUUGUCAUCUCGGACAUUGACGGUACUAUUACCAAAUCGGACGCCCUCGGCCACGUGUUGAACAUGAUUGGCCGUGACUGGACUCACUCAGGUGUGGCCAAGUUGUACAGUGAUAUUUCCGCCAAUGGUUAUAAUAUCAUGUACCUUACCAGUCGAUCCGUUGGACAAUCGGAUACUACAAGAGCCUACCUGGCGGGUAUCGUUCAGGAUGGCUAUAGGAUGCCGCCCGGACCUACAAUCCUGUCACCAGAUAGAACCAUGGCUGCACUAAGGCGAGAGGUCUACCUUCGCAAACCCCACAUCUUCAAGAUGGCAACUCUUCGAGACAUUCGAAACUUAUACGGCCCAGAUCGUCAUCCCUUUUAUGCCGGUUACGGAAAUCGUUUGACCGAUCAGAUCUCUUACCGGACCGUCGAUGUCCCUCGAAACCGCAUUUUCACCAUCAAUUCAAACUCGGAAGUGUCUCUUGAUCUACUGACACUCAACAAGCUCAAGAUGAGCUACGUGAAUAUCAACGAAGUCGUUGACCAUUACUUCCCUCCCGUGAGCACACUGGUAAAAGGUGGCGGCGAGGAGUACACAGAUUUCACGUAUUGGAGGGAUGAUCCUCUUGCCAUGGCUGAUUUUUCAGCAAGCGAGAGUGAUGAUGACGAUGACGAUGACGGCCUAGGAGGACCUACUAGCGAGUAUGGUGAUGAUGAAGAGGAAUACGACGAUGACGAUGGCGAAAUAGAUGAAGAAGUGGAAGAGAUCGGUGAAGGACUUGCCGAUAGCUACAUCUCUCGAGCAUCUAUGGAUGAGUUUGCCGAAGCCGCAAGUGUUUUGGGCGGUAGCGUUGACGAAGAGCGACUCAAGGCGUCUAUGACACGCGACUUGAAAGAAGCUUACGACGAGGAGGAUGAAGAUGAGAUUUACGAAGAUGGCGAGGAAGGCCAUCAAGACGAACACAAGGCCGACAGAACUCCUGAUGCUGCUCCCAUUGGACAAAGGCGUCAAGGUCGGCUUAAGGAAGACGUUCUCGCCCAACACAUAACCGGGGUUGGUCAUCUCACCGUUGAGAAGUGA